GUGAGAUUAUUCAGGGCGAAUAGAGCGAAAAGUUCGCGAGGUUGGUAUAUAUACUGGCAUUAUGCCCAUGUAAUCGUUUCUUCAAUAAGCAUCCCAGUACAUCAAGUCCCAGCCAGUAAAAUGACCACACUCUACCAACAGAGCAUUCCCGUGCUGGUCAAGUACCUCAAGAAUCUUUCUUUCAUGCUUCAAAAGGGCGCCAAGUUCUGUGAUGACAAAGAAAUGAAACAUGAAGAUCUUCUAACAUACCGCUUGAUCUCCGAUAUGAGAGGACUUCCCUACCAAGUCCAAUCCUGCUCCAACACAGCCAAAUUCCUCGCCUCACGCCUCGGCGCACAAAACAUUCCUACAUUCGAAGACGACGAACAAACAUUCGAACAGCUCCAAGCACGUAUCACCCGCACAAUUGAAGUUCUUGAGGGUGUAGACCCAGAAGUCAUCAAUGGCAAGGAGAAUGAGGAGAUUCUCAUGGAGACCAAGAUGGGAAACUUCCGUUUCACGGGUCAGCGAUACGUGAGCGAAUAUGUAAUCCCCAAUUUCCAUUUUCACCUCACAAGUGCGUAUUGUAUCAUGCGCACACAGGGUGUUCCAUUGGGUGCAUUUGACUACCUGAAGGAUGUUUUUGAGAAGGUUUGAGAGUUUGUAUGCGAGAAGAGAGGAUAUUCAUCAAAGGAGGGGCGGGAAUUGCCCGAUGAGGAAAUUUCUCUUAAGAACUCAGCUAGACAAGCCAUUCAGAAACAAGACU